AUGCUGAGAGCUGGGCCAGCGGCCACCACUCUAAUCCUGCUGCUGUCAUACUGCUUCUGCCACCUGUGUCACUCCCUGGGUAAGUUCUCCCUACAGUACCACAGUGGAGGACAUGGAAGACACUCUCAGAGUGAUGGGCCAUCAAAGACGUUAUCAGACUGACAGAUGCCCACUCUGCACAACUUGGAUAAUCUACUGGGACAGGAUGAGAAGGAGAUGAGCGGGAGGGCAGAUGGAAAAUCUGAGGAUGGGUGAUAGUGAAGAGGCUACGUCAGCUGAGGAUGGGAGAUAGUGAAGAGGCUACGUCAGCUGAGGAUGGGAGAUAGUGAAGAGGCUACGUCAGCUGAGGAUGGGAGAUAGUGAAGAGGCUACACCAGUUGGGGAUGAGAGAUAGUGAAGAGGCUACACCAGCUGAGGAUGGGAGAUAGUGAAGAGGCUACACCAGUUGGGGGGGAUGAGAGAUAGUGAAGAGGGCACACUAGUGAAGAGGCUACACCAGCUGAGGAUGGGAGAUAGUGAAGAGGCUACACCAGUUGAGGAUGGGAGAUAGUGAAGAGGCUACACCAGCUGAGGAUGGGAGAUAGUGAAGAGGCUACACCAGUUGAGGAUGGGAUAUAGUGAAGAGCUACGCCAGCUGAGACUUUAAUAUUACAUUAAAAGAGGAACUUAUGAGGGAUGAUCAUUAACAGAUGGGCUGAGUAAUGUCAGUAUGACCACUCAAUUUAUCCAGACCUAAUUUCCCUUUUAAGUAGAUUUGUAAUCAAAGUGUAUGGUCUCAGAGACUUUGCCAACAUUUGUUAUGAAGGUGAGUGGUUUGGUUUCCUGCUCUCAGUUAAUUAAGUAUCAAUGAUAUGCAACCCUGUCUGGCAUAGUGCAGUAAUUUCCUGUGGUUGGUGACCUUCUGUUCAGCUGGGAGAGGAGAUGAGCUGAAUAAGGGAAGAAAUGUCUCUAUUAACCAUUUGGGUAAAGAACCUCAGAGUUCUAAUAACUGUCCAGUCAAUAGCAGAAAUAUAAGCUGGACAGUCCAGAUAGUUCCACGUCUGCCUCCUCCCUGCCAGCCAGCCUGUGCAAAAACAGGAUUGAUUCUUGCACUGACUUUGAGUCGCUGACUGUAAAUUAUUUUGGAUAAGAGCGUCUGCUAAAUAGCUAAAAUGGAAACAUUUAAUGGAGCUCCUCAUAUGAAAUUCUGUCCUUCGUUAGCGGGCUGGGUUUAAUGACAUGGGCUGUGUGGACUGCAGAGGAGGGAUAGGAGAUGUGUAAGAUCACAUAUUUUAAUCUGCCAUCUCUUGGGGUGUUUUUGUAAACCCCAGAUCUUCAAGAUGACAAAUAAAAUAUUCAUAUCUUUCAUCAAUACAGUACACAGCCAGGGAUCCUCUGGAGAGAUAGACUGGAGUAAUGCCUGACUGGCUACACACUCAGGUUAUACUAAUUGUAGAUACACCUAUUGAGCAUUUCUAACACAAUCUAUACACUGGAUUACAGAUAUCGUAAAGGGUUGGGAAGUGGUCUUCAGAUUGUGUUUAUCAUUCAAUCAUGACAAUUCAUGCUGAAUUGUUGCUCCAUUACAAAAAUCUAAUGAAGCAACUAUGAUGCCCUUGCUCUGUGAGGAUUUUCCAGUUGUGCAGACUCUUCCCCUCUGAUUUGAUAUGGAUAUCUUUGCUCAGUUUAAAUUAAUAGUGUCCUGUGGUUCUCAGCAUGCUUGCUGGUGUUGGUCUAAUGGAGGACAUCAGAGCCAACUGCAGAAGAGAUUUUGCACGAGUUGUAUUUACUCAAUUAAAUGCAUACAUACCUUAUUUACUUAGCUAGUUACUAAGUUACUACUUACAAUUGAUGAUGGUGUGAUGGUUGUACUGUAGGUGUUAUAUGACACAUUGUUGGAUCAUAUUUAUAUUGUUUUUCACAAAGGGUAGUGUUCAGAAUCUCCCAGAGAAGCCAGACAUGCAGCAGAAUCUUCUGCAUGAAGUUGUGCCGAGCAUGAGAGAGAGAAAGUCUAAGGAUGAUGAAUCUGCUAAUCACAGUGAUAUUGACUGAGGAGGUCUAAGAAUGAUGCUAUUGAUCCUGAGCCUGAGGAUGACACUGGGGUGUUAACUGUAGUCAGCCCCGCCAUGGGCCUGUCAUCUUCAGGUAAAUUUACAUCCAUAUUGAACACACAUAAAAUAAGCCCAUAAGCAUGUGGGGAAUGAUUUAAGAGCAUUGUGUCCCUCAAGAAUUUAAUUGAUACUUCUUCAUUUUCUCCCUGCGCUGGAGACCUGUUUCCAACAAUAAUACAGCAACCUUACAUCCUUCGUUUGAACUAAAGUGCUGAAUAUAAUAAAUUCAUCCUGAAAAUUGCUGUUGCUUAAUUCUGCAUUUACAGAGGCUAACUCCAGAUUUUCCUCCCAGUCAGCAGUUGUAUGUAGACUAGAGUGACAGCUGAUGUCUUUAAUAUGGAAGGUGCACCUCCGGUCUCUCUCUCUCUCUAAAAACCCAGCUAGCCCUUAAGGGGCACAAAGACCUCACUGUGUCCUUCACACAUAAAAAGCCUCCUCUAUCUAAGGUUCCAUCCUCCAGCCCUUUUCUCCAUCAUCAACCCCCCUAGGGGCCUACAACACCAGGCUGCCAUGGAUACCAGCAUGCCACAGAGGCCAGCUGAUGCACUGAUACAAUGAGGUAUCCAUCAACCACAGUCACAACAUCAGACCCAUCUGUAAUGAAGUUAUGGAGAGUAAAACUCAUUGGGGCUUCGUUCCUCAUAAUCCAGAUAGAAAACACACUGAGUCAAAUUAAAUUAGAACAGAGCGGGGGAUGACUGACUGAGUAUUUACAGAGAGAGAGACCAAAUAAAACAGAGCUGAUAGGAAGAAAUGCAUUGGUGUUGGAUGAUGGAGGGAGGCAGACUGGCAGCCUACACUAUUAAAGCCUUCCCACUUGACACUGGUGGUGGCAUCACACACAUUGAACAAUGGAGUCAAAUUUAAUCUCUCCAUGUCUAUGCAACCCGCUGACAGUGAGUCAUCAAUUACGGAGUAAAUUGGAGCACAAAUGCAACCCUGGCUGCUAUCUUUAGUUUAUUCUGUGCAAAACCUUCAUCAGCUUUUGAAGGUUUGGACAGCCUUUUGUUGCCUGAACCCCAGCCAAGUGACUCUAACCUUUAAUCACUGUUAGAUUGUUUAUAGGCCUACUUGGGAUGAAGCACCACUCUGUAUUGGCAGCAGAGUAGUCUCGUCCAGGGAGGAAGAGGAGGAUACAUUUGAGGGAAAAAUACAAUAAAACAUAUUAUUCAAAAAUCCUCCUUGUAAAUAAAAUAACACUUCUGUUGUAAACACCAACAUAUCUGAUCAAACAUACUAGUUUGCAGAGAAUUCUAACAGGAAGGACACACUUGACCUUUGUCUCCUUUCAUGAGCAAUGGAAAACACCAAAUCAUCAAUAAAAGGCAUUGACUAUGUUGCCUUGACAAAGUGACAGUGAGCUUUCUUCCUCUCUAGAUAGUGAAUGCCUGGUCCUGGUCUGGGGGUAAACAGGGACCAGAGAUGUGAUUGUCAUGUUGCUGAGAGCGCUGGGGUGAUUUCCUGCAUGUUAAACUGGAGAUUGAUGGGGUUAUUGACAAAGUGCCAGGAGCCAGGGACUAUGAAUCAUCGUCAAUGUGCUUUAGCUGGGCUGAACAUGGGCCAUCAGUUGUUACCAGGAUAAUAUCCCCUGUUAACACGUCGCUGACAUGAUGCAGCUUAAGGAAGGCUAAUGUGAUGUUUCCCUGCCUCUAUAGGAAUCCACAAACUGUCCUCCUAUGCCAAGACAGAGGACAAACUGUUCAAGAACCUCUUCAGAAACUACCCGAAAUGGGUGAGGCCUGUAGAAUACCUCAACGGCACAGUACGGGUCAGAUUUGGACUGGCCAUCUCCCAGCUAGUGGACGUGGUGAGAAAAAUAUGAUUAUUAUGGUAUAUUGUGAUUUGUGUUUUCCUGAUGAUUAUUUUGAUGUUUGUCAAUGCAAGCUGGACUUUAUUAAGAUACCUUUAUAGAAAAUGACACAAGUAAAAGUGAAAGUAACCCAUUAAAAUACUACUUGAGUAAAAGUCUAAAAGUAUUUGGUUUAAAAUAUACUUAAGUAUCAAAAGAAAAAGUAUAAAUAAUUUCAAAUUCCUUAUAUUAAGCAAACCAGACGACACCAUUUUCUUGUUUUUUAAAUGUACGGAUAGCCAGGCACACUCCAACACUCAGACAUCCUUAACAAAUGAAGCAUAUGUGUUUAGUGAGGCUGCCAGAUCAGAGGCAGUAGGGAUGACCAGGGAUGUUCUCUUGUAAGUGUGUGAAUUAGACCAUUUUCCUGUCCUGCUAAGCAUUCAACAUGUAACGAUUAAUUUUGGGUGUCAUGGAAAAUAUAUGGAGUAAAAAGUACAUUAUUUUCUUUAGGAAUGUAGUGAAGUAAAAGUAAAAGUAAUCAAAAAUAUAAACAGUAAAGUACAGAUACCCCAAAAACAACUUAAGUAGUUUAAAGUAUGUUUUAUUUAAGUACAUUACACCACUGCAAAAAAUAUAUCACUAUACAUAUAUUUAGGCUAAUUUACAUUAUGUUGUUUGCUCUGUACCACAUUUACACACAUACUGACAGUAUAACAACACAAAGGUACUGAUAAAACCUUUACAGUAUGGUCUCUCCAUUACAGGACGAGAAGAACCAGCUGAUGACAACCAAUGUGUGGAUGAAACAGGCAAGAUCUUAAACAUAUUUGGGGGGGGCAUAGUAUAUUUAAGUGAUAAUGCCUGAGAAGCUGGUGUUUGGAGGAUAUAUUGGUACUGGCAAACCAUGCCAAUAUAUCCUCCAUACACAGGCUUCGAGGGCAUUAUCACUAUUAUACAAUGGGUUACCAUAUUUAAAUAAUGACUUACAUAUUUUCAUUAAAAACGUUAUUUUGAUACAUUUAUUCAUACUAUUUCAUCCUUACACAAGAUAUAGGCCCGAAACAAAUCAAGGGUUGUUACGUUCUAUCGGUUCGGUUCCCAGAGAUGUGACACAGUAUUUAAAUAUUUUUGUUCUGUAUCGUUCUAAAUGUUAUAUUGCCAUACUGGCUGUCAACGUUCUUGCUUGCUAGUUAGCCAACUAUGGCUAAUUUACAGUCACGUCAAACAGUGCAGCCAGAAUAACAACAAAGUAGCUACAUCUGCAUUUGUUUAAGCUGUUUUCUAGUGACAUUUAUUUGGAUACAUCCAUAACAAUGAGCUAAUGAUGUGCGAUUUCACCUGCCAUAGAAAAUGUGCUCUCUCGUCAGGACACUGUUGUUCAGAGGAGCUAGCCAACAACACAGCUAACAGAAUCACUUCAAACUGAAGCUGGAAAGACUGCAAACUAGCUGCACUUGAUUUCGUUUACCUGUUUUCUAUUGACAUUUCUUUGUACAGUAUAAAUCCAUACAAAUUAUGCUGAUUCAUGAUUUCGACUGGCUGAGAAAAGCUGCCUGCCUGUCUGUCUUGUCCCGACUCGCGACCCCUACAAGUUCAUUACUAUGGGAUAGCUGGAGAUCAAAUUUCAAUAUUGAAACAGUGUUACAAAUGUCAGAUAGACAGACAGCAAGGUUUAUACAAAUCUCCACUAUUGAAAACCAAUUGCUAGUCUAAAAGAUAAUGUCUAGAUGCUUUUUACAGUGGAGGUCAAGUUUAUAAAUUGUCUGGCUGGGCUGAUGAGACAGUGGAUUGCGCAGUGAGAUGGAACAGUGUAAAUAGGCAUUUCAAUGUCAUGGCUUUAGCCGGUGGUAACUUGUGGAAUAGACAUCGGCUGGAAUGCAGUUUUAACCAAUCAGUGUCAAGGAUUAGACCCAGCCGUUGUAUAAUUCACAACACUCUACAGCAGUGGUUCCCAACCAGGGGUACUAGGACCCCUGGGGAUACUUGGCCUAUCCAGAGGGGGUACUUGAAAAGACUCAUAAGUCCAUAGGGUUACUGGUAAAAUGCUCAUAAGCGGGUACUUCAGGGGUACUCCAGGCGGAGCAAAAUUCAUUUGGGAGUACAGUAACCAAAAAAGGUUGGGAACCCCUGCUCUACAGCAGCGUCAGCUAGACCAACAAAGGCAACAUGGCAUUUAGAGUAACAAUCAACCUCCCGUCCCCCUGCAUGUCCCCUUGUUCUUAUGGCAUUUCACGAUGAGCUCACAUCUUAAUUUCUCCCCACCCUCCUCCACCUUCCCUUGUGCCCACACGAGCCACCCCCUUUGCAGCUCUCGCCCCCCAGCAGCCUGCCUAGCCCCCAGCCACCCUGACAGCUUCAUUCAUAUCCUCUGACUGCAUCUGUUUCUCUACAGCCAGGGAAUCAUCCCUCCAGACCAGGGUCUGCAGGUCAGCCUCUCCCUAGUCUGCCACAAUGACAAACAACUCGAUGCAAAUCAGAGGACGGAGAGCAAUAGCUAACAUGGCCACAUCUAUUCAUCAGCGGUGAAUGAGGAGAUAAGGUUGAAAAUAUGGCUCUGUCCACGUCAGUGCUUCUCUCCACUAUCUACUUUAUUAGACCAUAAAUGUUUAUAUCCACCAUGUGUCGAUGGCAAAUUACACCCCCGUUGUUGUUUCACCUAACUGUCUUAAGAUGAAUGCACUAAUGUAAGUCGCUCUGGAUAAGAGCAUCUGCUAAAGGACUGUUAGCACUGAGAACACAGAAAGAUUGUAAUAUGAAGUUGUACAGCAAUAGUAACUCAAAGCGGAAUAGAGAAAUCCAUCAUUGGCUCUACUAUUCUCACUACCAGGGUUGGUGUCAAUUCCAUUUCAAUUCAGUCAAUUUAGGAAGUAAACGGAAAUUCCAAAUCUAAUUCCAAUUCUACUUUAUGCUUCUCUAUGAGUAAAAAAUUAGAAUUUCAGUUUCAAUCUUGAAUUGGACUUUGUUGAAAUGGAAUUGACCCCGACCCUGCUACUACUAGUGAACAAUGAGUGUACAAAACAUUAAGAAUGCCUUCCUAAUAUUGAGUUGCACCCCUUUUUGCCCUCAAACAGCCUCAAUUCGUCGGGGCAUGGACUCUACAAGGUGUCGAAAGUGUUCCACAGGGAUGCUGGCCCAUGUUGACUCCAAUGCUUCCCACAGUUGUGUCAAGUUGGCUGGAUGUCCUUUAAGUGGUUGGACCAUUCUUGAUACACAUAGGAAACUGUUGAGUGUGAAAAACUUUGAAGAACCCUGGUCUAUGUCAUGGAAAGAGCAGGUGUUCAUAAUGUUUUGUACCUCAGUGUAUAGAGUAGUGGAAUCAAUUUUCUCUCAGGGGGAGAAAAAAAAAAAUUUUUGGUGUGCUCCCCGCAACAGUCCCUUUUAAAAAAAAGAUGACCCUUAAAGAAAAAUGGGGGGAAGGGGGACUUCCCCUCUCUUGGGUCUCCUGUUUUUGGGAAAGGUUUGGGCGAAACUACGCUGGGAAACCCUUUAUGACUACCCGGGCAUCACUAACCCCAGAGUCCCGUCGACUCCCCUGGAUCCCCGACAUUGGGGGCUCUUGAAAAAGUUUUCCAUGCCCAUCACUGCCAAAAGUUUAGAGCCCAAAAUGGGACUGAUAUUGAACUAAACUUUCUGAGGGCCCCAUAAACCCCCGCCUUAGGGUUGCAAAUUGGGGGGUAAUUACUUCUUGCCCUUUUUCCCCACUGUCCGGAAAGCCAUACUAAACACCCCUUUCCAGCACUUCAAAUUUGUUUGGGAAAUUUGGGACCGCCCCUAUAUAAAAAAAAUGUAGCCUUUUGUUGGCCCAGACUCACACCCAAAGGGAAAAAAUUUUUAUCAAAACAGAAUGAAGUUGGCAAACUUCAUUUAAUAGCAAGGGGGAGUGGGCAUUUAUUUCCCAAUUCGGUUUUGUUUAAGGUUUUUUGCCCUCCCGGGCCUGAACUGGGGGUGACCCGUAUACUGUUCGGGUUUCCAAAAUUUAAAAAGUGCCGCCGGGAAAGGGUAUGCCUUUACAAAUUUGGCCAAAAAAGGGGUUUGUAAGGUCAUGAAAAGUUAUGGAAAUUUUUAAAAAUUUUUUGUAAAAGUAAUUAUGAAAGCACACUUUUUUAAAAAUGUCAAUCAAUUAAAAAUACAAACAAAAAGCCAUUUGGGGGGGGAAACCCCUUUUGCGCAUGUCGGGGGUGCUGCGUGUGGGCCCGUGCAGUGGGGCCCUUUCCGGAGGAAAGAGAGCGGGGACAUUUCAGCAGAGGUAAAAAAUUCCCGAAACUAGAUCACCAAAUUUAAAAUAACUUGUACAGUUAUCCGCAGUUAACAAACAAACUAAGCAUUAAAAUUUUAUUGUUGCCUUUCCCCCGGGCACUGUAGAGCCUAAUAAAAUUUUCCCUUUAGAAAGCUGGGAUUUUCCCCCCUAUUAAACAGUACCAGUAAAUUUCCCACAACGUUUAAAAAAAUUUUAAAAAAAGCCUUUUUGACCCAAAAACUUUUCGUGGGUAGAUCUCCCCCAACAUAAUAUUUUAGCCAUAUAUAUAAAGUCUUUGUUUUGAUCCUUGCUUUGAAGUAGACUCCCUUAAACCUUUGAACCCUGACUUUUUUAAUUAAAGGGGAAAAAAUUUUAUAAAAACAAAAGGGUUUUGUUUAAUGUUGAAAAACCAAGCCUGCCACCCCCCCAGCUCUCCAAGGAGGGUUUUACCACAUAUUGAACCCCAUGUGACCAAAAGUGCAUCUCUAUUUGGGGGCUUAAAUUUCCUUAUCAAGAAACAUGUUAAAUAACAGUUCAUCCCCUAUGUGGGGGGCAAGUACCUUUCAAGGGGAAAAAGGGAGGAGGUUGGGAGGUUUUACAUGGACCCGACACAGCAGCUUUCCAGUUCAAAAAAGCUUACCUUUUUUUUAUUUAGGCUAUAAAAAAAUAGUCUAAAAAGUGCUAAAAGUCAUGGAGAAGUAAAAGGAAAAAGUGUUUAAACCCUUAACAGGAAUAAACAGAGGUUUUCUAUAGUAAAUGUCUAAUGGACCGACUUUUGGAAAAAAAACAGCUCCUCGUUCCAUCCCAAUCAAGCCCCUGGUUUUUACUGGGAAAAAUUCUAAGUUUCCAUUUUCCCCCAGAAUUUUGGUAUCUUUUUGGGGGUUUUUUUUUAAACUAUCACCAGACUCUAGUGGCCCUUUUGGGGAUUUUUAAUUAUCACAGGUGUCCGUAAAAAUCUGACCCCUGUGGCUCUUUUUCACAUGCAGCGCAAAAUUUAGAUUUCUUUGACCAUCACAUCAAAAUCUUUUUUACAUCAGAUUUUUUCAGAGUUUUUUCUGAUUUUCAAAAAACCAUUAAAAAAAAAAUCUGAAAGGGGAAAAAGCAGUGGCCUCAUCACAUAAAAAAACUGAAAAAAUUCAAUAAGAUGGGUAAACCAAAAAAGUUAUAUGUCAAUAUGGGCUUUGUUUUCCCUUUUUUUGGGGUCAAAAUUGGCAGUUUUUGAAAAAAAUAAAAAUUGGAAGAUUUUCAGAUUAAUUGAAAAAAAUGCCAAAUUUUUAUUAAAAGCUUUUUUUAAAUUUAAUUAGGCUUUUUUCUCUUAAAACCCUAUGGGCUAUCUAAAUUGAAAAAUCAUGGCCCAAAAUGGACACAUAUAAAAAUGAAAAGAUAUUUAUUAAAAAUAAAAGUUUUCAAGUAUAAAUUACCAAAAUUUUCAUAGAUUUUCAUUAUUUUUUUUGUUAAUUCCAAAAAUUACUGAAGAUUCCCGGGAACUUUGAAAAUUAUGGUUUGCUUUGGGAAUCCCACACCCCAAAAGUGAGGGAAAAAAUUAAAUUUUAUCCCCUGCGAUUUUUUUUAAAGUUUUUCCCACUGACAAAAACCUGAUCAAUCUAAUUUAAUUUUUAAAAGGUAGGGUUUUUUUAACAGGAGAGACAGAAUAACAAAAAAAAAUCCCAAAAAAAGCAUGCAAAAAUGUUAUAAAUUGAUUUGGGAUUUUAAGGAAAGGGAAAAAAGUAAAUUUUACCCCCCGCAAAACAUUACUUGUAAAUUGGGGGCAAACCCCUUUUUGGCAAUCCCAGAGGGCCCGAUGUUUUUUGUAGUUGGCCACCAGUUUGCACACAUCCCGGGGGGGAUUUUUCCCCCUCCUCUUUUCAAAAUUCUCCAAGUCAUUUUAAAGGGGUUUUGAGGCUGACGUUUGGCAACUCGAACCCUUUAGCUCCCUCCACAGAUUUUCUAAGGGAUUUAAUUUCUGGAGACGGCUAGGGCCAAUUUCCCGACCUUUAAAGUGCUUCUUCUUGAGCCACUCCUUUGUUGCCUUGGGCCCGGGGUUUUUUGGGGAUUUUCAUGGGUGGAAAACCCAUCCCGACCCAUUUUAAAGCCCUUUGGGUGAGGGAAAGGGGGUUUUCACCCAAGUUUUACGGUACAUGGCCCCCCUCCACGUCCCCCCUUUUAUGCGGGGGAAGUUUUUCCGUCCCUACAAAAAACCCCCCCCAAAACAUAACCCUUUUCCCCCCUCCAUGUUUGAAAGGUGGGGAUGUUUUUCUUGGGGUCAUAGGCACAUUCCUCCUCCUCCUCCCAAAAACGGGGAGUUGAGUUGAGGCAAAGAGCUCGAUUUUUGGUCUCCCUCUGACCACAAAACUUUUACCCGGCCCCCCUAUCCCUUCAAAAGUUCUUGGGAACUUUAGACCGGCCCCGUUAAAAUGUGCUUUCUUUAGCAGGGGCCUUUUGGGUCUGCAGGGUUUCAUUUUCCUUCACGGCGUAGGGUGGGGGAACCCUUUUUUUUUCUUGGGGACUAUGGCCCUCCCCGCCUUGAGAUCAUUGACAAGAUCCCCCCCGUGUUUUUUCUGGGCUGAUUCCUCCCCUUCCCCAUGACCAUUGCAACCCACGAGGGAGAUCUUGCAUGGACCCCGGGGCCCAGGGAGAUUACAUUUUUUUUUGGUUUGGGGGAGGGUCUUUUUAGCCAAAAUUUAAACCUUUUUGUAAUUUUACAAUCUUUUCCCUGACUCCUUGGAGAGCUCUUUGGUUGGCCCCUGGGGGAGAUUUGGAAUCUGAAAAUUUAUUGAAUUGCUUCGGGGACGGGGUUUUUUUAUACCGGUAACCCUGAAAAUUAGGGCACUCCCCUUUUAAAAUGUGCUCCUAAUCUUUAAACUCGUUACCUGUAUAAAAGACACCUGGGAGCCAAAAAAACUUUCUGAUUGAGAGGGGGGGCAAAAACUUAAAUUUUCCCCCAUUAAAAAAGCAAAUCAAUUUUUAAAAAAUUUUUGACAUCUUUUUUUUUUGGGUUUUUUUUGUUUUUUAUUCCUUUCCCCUCACUGGUUUAAAUAACCCCACCAUUAAAUUAUAGACUUUAUAAUUUUUUUUUGUCAUGGGCAACAUACAAAAACACAGGGGAAACAAAACUUUUUUCCCCCAUUUUGACUAAUUUUUUAAAAGCAAAAGAUUCAAUUAAUCCAACACGUCAAGCAAAUCCUGAUUUAAACCUUAAAAAAAACAGAUGUUUUUUUCUUUUUUCCCCUAAACGUGCCCCAUGGAAAGUUUUUAAGGGGUCUGUCACCCAAGGGUGUGGGGCAAGUACGAUGGCACCAUCAAACCUUUGGGCACGCCCCCCUAACUACAAGUCAGCCCGCAUCACGAUGUCAACCCUUUUUUCCCCUUUGACCCGCAGAACUGCUCCAUGAAAUUUUUGGGUCCUGGGACCUAUUAUGGCUCACAGGUUUUUUAGCCCCACACAGCAUUGUAAAAAAGUUUUCAGAUAUUAAUGACCAAAACAUUUCCCUUUAAAAAUGAUUCAAAAUGCCUUUAAACCCCUUGUUUUUACUUUUUGGGAGUUAAAGGGGGGAAAACGUCUGUUAUGUUUUUGGUCCCUUUUUUAACCCUUUUAUUUACCCCAAAAGGUUGACACCUCCCUGGGGGACUUCCAUGUGGACAAGAAGGGGGCCCACUUUUUGACAAUGGUGAAGGGAAAUUUGUGGAAAGCGACCCGGUUCCCCUGGUCUGAGGGUGGACGGAUCCUGCUUUCUUCCCCUUUUAUCACCCCACUUCCCCUUUAUUUUCCGGAGACUUUCCCCUCUUUUACAAAACCCCUUUUCCCCCCAUUUUUCCCCCUGUAAUUUUUGGCCCCCCUUUUUUCCUCACCAAUUUUUCCGGUCUUUUACCUUCCCUCCCAAGGGGGGGGAGGGAAGGGUUUUCCCCGUUCACCUCCCGUGCUGGUGUCCCCCCCCGUCUUCCUUUCUUUGUUUUCUCCCAGGGAUCAUUCCCCUUUCCCCCCCAAGGGCAUCCCUCUUUAUCGGGGGGGUUUUCCCCGGUUUUUCACCCCCCCGAUUCUUUGUUUCCCCUUUUCCCCCCCGGGCCCAAUUCCCCCCGUCUUUGCCUCAACAACCCCCCCCGUCCUCGUCCCAGCCCCCCAUGGCAACCCCCCGGGUUUCGCCGUAUCUUUCCUGCACAGGCUUCCCAAACGGGUUUUUGUAUUCCACCAUGUUGGGCCGCUAUGCUAACCCUGGGGGGCCAGGGCAGGGCUGUCAGGGAGAGAUGUGCAGGACUGGCAGGGCCCAAGGGGGCAGUUGGGGCAUUAGAAGGGCUCUUUACCAGAUCCACCCCUCAUCUCUCCUCUUGGGAAAAACCUGCAAUCUGCUUUGGCCCCUUAAACCCCCUCAUCACCAUUCAUGGGUCAAGGAGAACGGUCAGAAGGGAAGAUCCCAUAAAGUUUCAAGAAUCAAUCUGGGGCCCCCGCAUAUAAAUGCCAAGUUCCUAGGGUGUUUUUGGUUUCCCCAAAAAAUUUAAAAACGAAUUUUUUUGGUUUUUGUUUUUUAAAAUUUUUAACAACCCCCCUUUUAAAAUUUUUAAAAUCCCCCUUUAAAAGUCGGGGGAAAUUUUUUUACGGUGGGGUUUUAUUUUGGGGGGAAGGGCCCUUAUUUUUUUAAAAACUUUUCCCCCAUUAAAUUAAAAUCUUCCCCCCCCCCAAUUAAAAAUUUGGUUAAAAAAUUUUAACAUGUAGUUAUUGUCAUAAUAAACUGCAGAAAAAUAUAAUCAAAAAUAUAAACAGUAAAGUACAGAUACCCCAAAAACAACUUAAGUAGUUUAAAGUAUGUUUUAUUUAAGUACAUUACACCACUGCAAAAAAUAUAUCACUAUACAUAUAUUUAGGCUAAUUUACAUUAUGUUGUUUGCUCUGUACCACAUUUACACACAUACUGACAGUAUAACAACACAAAGGUACUGAUAAAACCUUUACAGUAUGGUCUCUCCAUUACAGGACGAGAAGAACCAGCUGAUGACAACCAAUGUGUGGAUGAAACAGGCAAGAUCUUAAACAUAUUUGGGGGGGGCAUAGUAUAUUUAAGUGAUAAUGCCUGAGAAGCUGGUGUUUGGAGGAUAUAUUGGUACUGGCAAACCAUGCCAAUAUAUCCUCCAUACACAGGCUUCGAGGGCAUUAUCACUAUUAUACAAUGGGUUACCAUAUUUAAAUAAUGACUUACAUAUUUUCAUUAAAAACGUUAUUUUGAUACAUUUAUUCAUACUAUUUCAUCCUUACACAAGAUAUAGGCCCGAAACAAAUCAAGGGUUGUUACGUUCUAUCGGUUCGGUUCCCAGAGAUGUGACACAGUAUUUAAAUAUUUUUGUUCUGUAUCGUUCUAAAUGUUAUAUUGCCAUACUGGCUGUCAACGUUCUUGCUUGCUAGUUAGCCAACUAUGGCUAAUUUACAGUCACGUCAAACAGUGCAGCCAGAAUAACAACAAAGUAGCUACAUCUGCAUUUGUUUAAGCUGUUUUCUAGUGACAUUUAUUUGGAUACAUCCAUAACAAUGAGCUAAUGAUGUGCGAUUUCACCUGCCAUAGAAAAUGUGCUCUCUCGUCAGGACACUGUUGUUCAGAGGAGCUAGCCAACAACACAGCUAACAGAAUCACUUCAAACUGAAGCUGGAAAGACUGCAAACUAGCUGCACUUGAUUUCGUUUACCUGUUUUCUAUUGACAUUUCUUUGUACAGUAUAAAUCCAUACAAAUUAUGCUGAUUCAUGAUUUCGACUGGCUGAGAAAAGCUGCCUGCCUGUCUGUCUUGUCCCGACUCGCGACCCCUACAAGUUCAUUACUAUGGGAUAGCUGGAGAUCAAAUUUCAAUAUUGAAACAGUGUUACAAAUGUCAGAUAGACAGACAGCAAGGUUUAUACAAAUCUCCACUAUUGAAAACCAAUUGCUAGUCUAAAAGAUAAUGUCUAGAUGCUUUUUACAGUGGAGGUCAAGUUUAUAAAUUGUCUGGCUGGGCUGAUGAGACAGUGGAUUGCGCAGUGAGAUGGAACAGUGUAAAUAGGCAUUUCAAUGUCAUGGCUUUAGCCGGUGGUAACUUGUGGAAUAGACAUCGGCUGGAAUGCAGUUUUAACCAAUCAGUGUCAAGGAUUAGACCCAGCCGUUGUAUAAUUCACAACACUCUACAGCAGUGGUUCCCAACCAGGGGUACUAGGACCCCUGGGGAUACUUGGCCUAUCCAGAGGGGGUACUUGAAAAGACUCAUAAGUCCAUAGGGUUACUGGUAAAAUGCUCAUAAGCGGGUACUUCAGGGGUACUCCAGGCGGAGCAAAAUUCAUUUGGGAGUACAGUAACCAAAAAAGGUUGGGAACCCCUGCUCUACAGCAGCGUCAGCUAGACCAACAAAGGCAACAUGGCAUUUAGAGUAACAAUCAACCUCCCGUCCCCCUGCAUGUCCCCUUGUUCUUAUGGCAUUUCACGAUGAGCUCACAUCUUAAUUUCUCCCCACCCUCCUCCACCUUCCCUUGUGCCCACACGAGCCACCCCCUUUGCAGCUCUCGCCCCCCAGCAGCCUGCCUAGCCCCCAGCCACCCUGACAGCUUCAUUCAUAUCCUCUGACUGCAUCUGUUCUCUACAGCCAGGGAAUCAUCCCUCCAGACCAGGGUCUGCAGGUCAGCCUCUCCCUAGUCUGCCACAAUGACAAACAACUCGAUGCAAAUCAGAGGACGGAGAGCAAUAGCUAACAUGGCCACAUCUAUUCAUCAGCGGUGAAUGAGGAGAUAAGGUUGAAAAUAUGGCUCUGUCCACGUCAGUGCUUCUCUCCCACUAUCUACUUUAUUAGACCAUAAAUGUUUAUAUCCACCAUGUGUCGAUGCAAAUUACACCCCCGUUGUUGUUUCACCUAACUGUCUUAAGAUGAAUGCACUAAUGUAAGUCGCUCUGGAUAAGAGCAUCUGCUAAAGGACUGUUAGCACUGAGAACACAGAAAGAUUGUAAUAUGAAGUUGUACAGCAAUAGUAACUCAAAGCGGAAUAGAGAAAUCCAUCAUUGGCUCUACUAUUCUCACUACCAGGGUUGGUGUCAAUUCCAUUUCAAUUCAGUCAAUUUAGGAAGUAAACGGAAAUUCCAAAUCUAAUUCCAAUUCUACUUUAUGCUUCUCUAUGAGUAAAAAAUUAGAAUUUCAGUUUCAAUCUUGAAUUGACUUUGUUGAAAUGGAAUUGACCCCGACCCUGCUACUACUAGUGAACAAUGAGUGUACAAAACAUUAAGAAUGCCUUCCUAAUAUUGAGUUGCACCCCUUUUUGCCCUCAAAACAGCCUCAAUUCGUCGGGGCAUGGACUCUACAAGGUGUCGAAAGUGUUCCACAGGGAUGCUGGCCCAUGUUGACUCCAAUGCUUCCCACAGUUGUGUCAAGUUGGCUGGAUGUCCUUUAAGUGGUGGACCAUUCUUGAUACACAUAGGAAACUGUUGAGUGUGAAAAACUUUGAAGAACCCUGGUCUAUGUCAUGGAAAGAGCAGGUGUUCAUAAUGUUUUGUACACUCAGUGUAUAGAGUAGUGGAAUCAAUUUUCUCUCAGGAGGAGAAAAGUAAUUUAUGGUGUGCUCCAGCAACAGUCUUGUAAAAAGAGAUGACCAUUAAUGAAAGAUGGUGAAGGUGACUCAUCCCUCUCUUGCUCUCCUGUUUAGGAAUGGUUGGACAUGAAGCUACGCUGGAACCUUGAUGACUACCUGGGCAUCACUACCAUCAGAGUCCCGUCAGACUCCAUCUGGAUCCCAGACAUUGUGCUCUAUGACAAGUAUGUACCAUGCCCAUCACUGCCAACAGUUUAGAGCAAAAGAUGGCACUGAUAUUGAACUAAAGCUUUCUGAGCACUAUAAUCUCCGCAUUAGGGUUGCAAAUGGAGGGUAUAUUACUAGUCUUGACUUGGGCCGUAGCUGUCCGGAACGCCAUACUAGCACGCCUUACCAGCACUUCAAAUUUGUUGGGAAUUAGGUACCAGCCCCUAUAUAAAAACAAUGUAGCCUUUUGUUGGCCCAGACUCACACACCAAGGCAAAAAAGUUUGAUCAAAGCAGAAUGAAGUUGGCAUCUUCAUUGAAUAGCAAUGGCGAGUGGGCAUUCAUUUCCUAAUUCUGUUUUGUUCAAGUUAAUUUGCACUCAGUCUCUGAAUCUGUGAGUGACAGUAUAGGCUGUUCGAGAUUGCGCAGAUUGAAAACGUGCCAGCCGGAAUGGCAUGAUGCCUCUUACAAAUUGUCAAAUUAGGGUUUGUAAGGUCAUGAAAAGUUAUGGAAAUUAGUUUAAUAAUUGUUGUAAAUGUAAUUCAUGAAAGCACACUUUUAAAUAUAGUCAAUCAAUUAAAAAACUACAUAUCAGCCAUUAUGGGAAUGACCCUUUAGCGCAUGUCUGUGGUGCUGCGUGUGUGCCAGUGCGAGUGGGCCGUUGCCGGAGGAAAGAGAGCGCGACAUUUCAGCAGCAGGUAUAAAAGAAUUACAGACUAACUAGAUCACCAAUUCAAAAUAUAACUUGUAGCAGUUAUCUCGCUAGUUAACAAACAAACUAAGCAUUAAUUUCAUUGUUGCCUUUCCACGGGCACUGUAGAGCCUAAAUAAAUGUGCACCUUUAGAAAGCUGGGAUUCCCCUCUAUUAAACAGUAGCCAUGUAAUUGCGACAACGUUAAAAAAUAUUCUAAGAAUAGCCUUAUUGACAAAUAACUUGCUGUGCAUAGAUCUCCCCUGAACAUGAAUAUUUUAGCCAUAUAUAUAAACAUGUCUAGUUAGAUACCUUGCUUUGAAGUAGACUACCUUAUCCAUUUGAUCCCUGACUUAUUGAAUGAGGGAAUAAUUUUAUAAAGACAAAAGCAUUUGGUUGUAAUGUUGAAAAGCCAAGCCUGCACACCCAGGAGCUCUCCAGAUGGAGGGUUGACCACAUAUUGACAACAUGUGACUAACAGUGCAUCUCUAUGUGGGGGGCUAUGUGCCUUGAUCAUGAUAACAUGUGACUAACAGUGCAUCUCUAUGUGGGGGGCUAAGUACCUUGAUCAAGGGCAAAACGGCAGGAGGUGGUAGGUCUACAUGGAAUCAGACACAGCAGCUUUCCAGUGUCAAUAAUGCUUACUUUUUCAUGUAGGCUAUAAUAAUAGUCAUGAAAAUGUGCUAAAAGUCAUGGAGAAGUAAUGGAAAAUGUGUUUAAACAAUUAACAGUGAAUAAUCAGAGGUCUCUAUAGUAUAAUGUCUAAUGGACCGACUUGGAAAAAAUACAGCUCCUGCACUCGUUCCAUCCCAAGUCAAGCACUGUAUAUUACUGGAAACAUUCUAAGUUUACCAGUAAACUACCAGAAUUUUGGUAUCUUUCAGGGAUUUUAUGUAAUCUAUCACCAGACAUCUAGUGGCCCUUUUGGGUAUUUCAGAUUAUCACAGGUGUCUGUAACAAUCUGACCCUCUGUGGCUGCUUUUACACAUGCAGCGCAAUUCAGAUUUCUUUGACCAAUCACAUCAGAUCUUUUCACAUCAGAUCUUUUUCAGAGUUGAUCUGAUUGUUCAAAAGACCAAUUAAUGAAAAAAUAUCUGAAUUGUGUAAAUGCAGUGGCCUCAUCACAUAAAAUAUCUGAAAUAAUUCAAUAAGAUGCUAAACCAAAAAUGUUUACUAUGUCAAUAUGUCUUUGUUGUCAAUGUUUUGGCGUCAAACUGGUGGCAGUUGUGAAAAAAGUAAAUAGUUGGAAGAGUUGCAGAGUUAAUUGAAAAUAAUGCCAUUGUUGAUUAAAUGCUUUUUUAAUUAAUUAGGCUAUUUUCUCUUAACCAUAUGGUCUAUCUACUUGAAACUCAUGGACAAUAUGGACACAUAUAUAAUAAAUGAAUACGAUAUAUUCAUUAAAAAUAAAUGUUUUCAAGUAUAAAUUACCAAAGUUACGAUAGAUUGUCAUAUAUUUUCUGUUAAUUACCAAAAUUACUGAAGAUUCCGGUAACUUUGGAAAAUUACUGGUAGCUUUGCAAUCCCACACAGCAUACAGUGAGGGAAAAAAGUAUUUGAUCCCCUGCUGAUUUUGUACGUUUGCCCACUGACAAAAGACAUGAUCAGUCUAUAAUUUUAAUGGUAGGUUUAUUUGAACAGUGAGAGACAGAAUAACAACAAAAAAAUCCAGAAAAACGCAUGUCAAAAAUGUUAUAAAUUGAUUUGCAUUUUAAUGAGGGAAAUAAGUAUUUGACCCCUCUGCAAAACAUGACUUAGUACUUGGUGGCAAAACCCUUGUUGGCAAUCACAGAGGUCAGAUGUUUCUUGUAGUUGGCCACCAGGUUUGCACACAUCCCAGGAGGGAUUUUGUCCCACUCCUCUUUGCAGAUCUUCUCCAAGUCAUUAAGGUUUCGAGGCUGACGUUUGGCAACUCGAACCUUCAGCUCCCUCCACAGAUUUUCUAAGGGAUUAAGGUCUGGAGACUGGCUAGGCCACUCCAGGACCUUAAUGUGCUUCUUCUUGAGCCACUCCUUUGUUGCCUUGGCCGUGUGUUUUGGGUCAUUGUCAUGCUGGAAUACCCAUCCACGACCCAUUUUCAAUGCCCUGGCUGAGGGAAGGAGGUUCUCACCCAAGAUUUGACGGUACAUGGCCCCGUCCAUCGUCCCUUUGAUGCGGUGAAGUUGUCCUGUCCCCUUAGCAGAAAAACACCCCCAAAGCAUAACGUUUCCACCUCCAUGUUUGACGGUGGGGAUGUUGUUCUUGGGGUCAUAGGCAGCAUUCCUCCUCCUCCUCCAAACACGGUGAGUUGAGUUGAUGGCAAAGAGCUCGAUUUUGGUCUCAUCUGACCACAACACUUUCACCCAGUUCUCCUCUGAAUCAUUCAGAUGUUCAUUGGUAAACUUCAGACAGGCCUGUAUAUGUGCUUUCUUGAGCAGGGGGACCUUGUGGGUGCUGCAGGAUUUCAGUCCUUCACGGCGUAGUGUGUUACCAAUUGUUUUCUUGGUGACUAUGGUCCCAGCUGCCUUGAGAUCAUUGACAAGAUCCUCCCGUGUAGUUCUGGGCUGAUUCCUCACCGUUCUCAUGACCAUUGCAACUCCACGAGGUGAGAUCUUGCAUGGAGCCCCAGGCCGAGGGAGAUUGACAGUUCUUUUGCUUGGCGAUGGUCUUGUAGCCAAUUCCAGCCUUGUGUAGAUCUACAAUCUUGUCCCUGACAUCCUUGGAGAGCUCUUUGGUCUUGGCCAUGGUGGAGAGUUUGGAAUCUGAUUGAUUGAUUGCUUCUGUGGACAGGUGUCUUUUAUACAGGUAACAAGCUGAGAUUAGGAGCACUCCCUUUAAGAGUGUGCUCCUAAUCUCAGCUCGUUACCUGUAUAAAAGACACCUGGGAGCCAGAAAUCUUUCUGAUUGAGAGGGGGUCAAAUACUUAUUUCCCUCAUUAAAAUGCAAAUCAAUUUAUAACAUUUUUGACAUGCGUUUUUCUGGAUUUUUUUGUUGUUAUUCUGUCUCUCACUGUUCAAAUAAACCUACCAUUAAAAUUAUAGACUGAUAAUUUCUUUGUCAGUGGGCAAACAUACAAAAUCAGCAGGGGAUCAAAUACUUUUUUCCCUCACUGUAGACUAUAUUUUGAACAGCACAGAUUCAAUUAAUCCAACACGUCAAGCAAAUCCUGAUUCAAACCUGUAGAAGAAAAACAGAUGUUUAUCUUUUCCUCUAACAGUGCCGAUGGACGUUUUGAGGGCUCUGUCACCAAGGCUGUGGUCAAGUACGAUGGCACCAUCACCUGGACACAGCCCGCUAACUACAAGUCAGCCUGCAUCAUCGAUGUCACCUUCUUCCCCUUUGACCUGCAGAACUGCUCCAUGAAGUUUGGCUCCUGGACCUAUGAUGGCUCACAGGUUGUAGCCUACACAGCAUUGUAAAACAGUCUACAGUAUAUUAAUGACCAUACAGUCUUUAACUGAUGUCAGAAAUGCGUGAAUCUCUUGUUUAUACUUUAGGGAGUUAAAGGGGAGAUACGUCUGUUGAUGUUUAGUCUUUUCUAACCUUAUAUUUACUCAACAGGUUGACAUCCUCCUGGAGGACUUCCAUGUGGACAAGAGGGACUACUUUGACAAUGGUGAAUGGGAGAUAGUGAAAGCGACAGGUAGCCGUGGUCUGAGGAUGGACGGAUCCUGCUACUUCCCCUUCAUCACCUACUCCUUUAUCAUCCGUAGACUGCCGCUCUUCUACACCCUGUUCCUCAUUAUCCCCUGUAUUGGCCUUUCCUUCCUCACCAUCCUGGUCUUCUACCUUCCCUCCAAUGGCGGGGAGAAGAUCUCCCUGUGCACCUCUGUGCUGGUGUCCCUCACCGUCUUCCUUCUCGUGAUCGAGGAGAUCAUUCCGUCCUCCUCCAAGGUCAUCCCUCUGAUCGGGGAGUACCUGGUGUUCACCAUGAUCUUUGUCACGCUCUCCAUCGUCAUCACCGUCUUCGCCAUCAACAUCCACCACCGCUCCUCGUCCACGCACCAUGGCAUGGCGCCCUGGGUGCGCCGUAUCUUCCUGCACAGGCUGCCCAAGCUGCUGUGUAUGCACAGCCAUGUGGACCGCUAUGCUAACCCUGGCGGGGCCAGGGCAGGACUGGCAGGGAGAGAGUGUGCAGGACUGGCAGGGCGAGAGGGGGCAGUUGGGGGCAUUAUGAAGGGCUCUUCACCAGAGUCCACCCCUCAUCUCUCCUCUAGGAAUAACCUGCAGGCUGCUUUGGACUCUAUCCGCUACAUCACCAUGCAUGUGGUCAAGGAGAACGAGGUCAGAGAGGUAAGAUCCCAUAGAGUUACAGAGAAUCAAUCUGCCCCUGCAGUAUAAAUGCCAAAGUUGGCAUGAGAGAAUAUUGUGUUUGUUUGUUAUGAUUUGAACACAAUUCAAAAUCAAUCCUAAAGUACUGAAUUUAGGUUUUUGAAGUCUUAUUGUAAUUCUCUCUAUAUAUUCAUCUUCUCCAUACUGUAUAUUUGUCUCCAUCCUCUGAUUGUCACACGCAACUGCACCUCUGUGUGCAAAGCCCUCCCACCCUGUGUCAACAAGGUCAUGUGUUGGAGUCUGAAGGGCAUGUUUGGUCUCUCUCUCCAGGUGGUGCAGGACUGGAAGUUUGUGGCUCAGGUUCUGGACCGUGUGUUCCUGUGGACCUUCCUCCUGGUCUCAGUUCUGGGCUCUGCUCUACUCUUCAUCCCUGUCAUCUACAAAUGGGCCAACAUCAUCGUCCCCAACCAUGCAGGCAGCAGCGGAUAA